AUGAGCCUGCCUUUUGACACGCCCUUCUCUAGGCGGUCGCGCACUCAUGGCAAGCAGCAUGUCGCAGUACCGAAGUUCCCUCCGAAGCCUCCGGUACAAUCUACUGAGCCAGGCUGGACGCCAGAGUUGUCCAAGCAGGGCCCUGAUGGGGCCAUGCGGGUCGUGUUCGGCCGUAGCUACGGUCUUGUGUUCCCUCCAACUGACUGGCGACCCGAUCCGAAGCAGGCGCAGGUGCCGGACUGGGAGCUCGAGAAGGAGGUUGUCUACGGCUAUAAUGGUGACGUCCGAGGGUCGCUGAGGAUAAUUGAGGAAGGCCGUGUCGCGAUGUACCCUCUGGGGUCGAUGGUGGUCAUGCACUCUCUAGAAGAUUCCUCGCAACAAUACUUUGAAGGUCACUCGGCAGACGUCCUUUGUCUGGACUACUGUCAAGAGGCUGAGCUGGCUGCUAGUGGUCAGCAGGACCCCAAGGGCAUUGAGGGCCCCUUCGUGUGUCUAUGGCGGCCCGACAAGCCUUCCGUCACGGUGGCUCAGCUGCACUAUCAUCAGAGGAGCGUCAGUGCGGUGGCUUUCAUGCAUGGUGGGAGUAUGCUGGUCAGUAUUGGUACCGAUGAUGCGAACAUGGUGGCUGUUUGGGGUCACUUCCCGCAUCGCCCGCCCGGUCGUGGAAGCGACGGGCAGCUACUGAAACCACCAAUUAUGACCAAGCCUUUGUUCACUAUGAGUAGUGGUCGGAGCCCCACUUACUCCUUGACCUCGUCCGGCGGGCCACUCCUGUUGUCAGUGGGUGAGCGGCACUAUAGAUGCUGGAAGCUGGAUCGUGACACUGGUGAGCUGACAUACAAGCGCGGCACCUUUGGUCAGUCUCCGACUAGCAAGCAGCCCCAGUGUGUCGGCUUUUCUGGCGAGGCCGCGUUCCUCUGUGGCUGUAACGGAUAUCUUUACCUCCUGCAAAACGGCGUGGCGACUCAGGCUGUGUCGUUGGGCGCCCACAAAAUCGGCUGUGCCGCUGGUCUCCCAGAUGGCAACGUAUUAGCUGCAACAUACGGUGGCGAGAUCGCGAUGGUUGGUGGUCUUGCAAACGGGAAAUUGAAGGUGAUGUGGAAGCAUCAUAUCAAGGAUCUUGUCGGGAGAGGGCAAGCUGGGGAUGUGCACAGGCUCGUUGGCCUUCCUGGUCCGACCGGAGGGGCAAGAUUCAACAGUGUAGCUGUGUGCCCAGGGCGGAGAGUUACUGCGCUACUCGGCACCGCUAGUCACAGCUUGCUGCACUUUGACGUUAGUGGAAAGUCGGUCAUUGCAGUGGUACAGGUUGCCCAUGGUGGGGAGAUGUGGGGCUUGGCCCACCACCCCACAAGCACGCUCUGUGCUACUGGGGGUACCGGUGGCGAUGUCCGCUUCUGGAAUACCUACGAAAAGAAGCCUCUAGUUGGCAAGGUCAUCUCUUGUGCUGAGGCAGUGUUCGCAUUGGCGUUCAACCUCCGGGGGGACCUUCUCGCCAUUGGUCAAGCGGCGGGCUUCUUGACCGUUCUGCAUUUCCCUAGUCUAGCACAGGUGAAUUCAGCCAGAGAGCGCAUCUGUGAUAUUCGGUUCUCGGACAACGGCAACUGGCUGGCGGCCGCCUGUUGGGACCAAACGGUGUAUCUCCUCCGUGUCCAGUAUGGGGUGACAUUGAGGGUUGACGUGAAUGACGAGGUAACAAUUCUGCUCGGCCGUUUCGCCGUUAUCGUGAGUUGCAUACGAGGGGUCAUCUCGGCAGUAAAAGGGAUAACUGUCGCCCUCCACGCCGCCUUGAAGGGGAACUCCUCGUCUCCAUUGAACGUGAUGUUCACGAGAGAUGGUACGACAGUGAUGAGUAACAGUAAGGAUACCCAGAUUCUAUUCUGGCGGACCAAGGACGGCGCGCGAAUGCCCUCUACUAGCAUGUUCCGAGAUGCUCGAUGGCAGGAGAACUGGUCGUGCGUGCUGGGCUGGCCGGUGAUAGGAGUGUGGGCCGAUCCUGAGUACGACCAGACUGACGUCAAUGCAGUGCACCAAUCGUCCGGGGACAAUACUAGUCUUCUUGCUCUGGGUGACGAUAAUGGUAAAGUGAAGCUUUUGAGGUUUCCGUCGCCCUACUUGAACGCUAGAGCGGCUGUCUAUGGUGGUCACGCAAGCCAUGUGACCAACGUGCGCUUCAGUUCGACUAACACGCUUGUGUCCAUCGGCGGUGGGGGCCAUUGUAUCAUCCAGUGGAGACUGGUCCCUAAGGGUCGGAGUAGCAGUCAGGUCGCUGGAGUGGCUAGGUGUGCCUGGCUGGACCUCGACACGAACGUCGAUGUUGAGGACCCUCUUGGGGUCGGAGAAAUCAAGAGAGCUGCGACCCCGAAGGGCACAUGUGAUGGUCGAGCCUACAACGAUGCCAUGAGGCAGCAUAGGAGCAACUCCUCGUCUAUUAGGAACAUGCUAUCUUGGGACUAG